GUGACCUUCCAGGACGUGUCUGUUCGUUUCACCGAGGAGGAGUGGCCUCUCCUAGAUGCAGACCAAAGAAGCCUUCACAAGGAAGUCACGGAGGACAAUUGUCAGGCUGUGGCCUCUCUGGAGACUGGUGGUCCCCAGAAAAAGCCUAAGGAAGAACCACAACAGCACCCAUUGGAAAGAGAACAGCAGAAAAGAGGCAAUGGAAGAAGAUGGAAAAGGGGAAAUGAAUCCUUUUCUCCUCAGGAUACUGAAUCCCAGGACAUCUUGCCAUGCCGUGGAAGAAUCCUUGCCCCAUGUGCGGAAAAAAGUUCAUUUAUCAAUCAGUAUUUGAUAUACACUGGAGAAAACACACAGGGGAGAAACGAUAUAAAUGUGCAGACUGUGGAAAGAGCUUUGCUAAGAGUACAAACCUUAUUUCCCAUAGGCGUAUCCACACAGGUGAGAAACCAUAUAAAUUCUUGGAGUGUGGAAAGAGCUCUGCUCGGACUGCAUGCCUUACUGUCCAUCAACCUAUUCAUGCAGGAGAAAAAUGAUAUCGAUGUGUAGAUUGUGGAAUGAGCUCUGCUGAGAGUACUCAGCUUCCUGUCCAUCAAUAUAUCCAUACCAAAGAGAAACCAAAUAAACGUGUAGAUUGCAUAAAGAGGUUUGCUCAGAGAACAGAACUUACUGUCCAUCAAUGUAUCCAUACAGGGGAGAAGCCAUGUGAAUGUGUGGACAGUGGAAAAAGCUUUGAUCAGCGUUCAAAGCAUAUUGUCCAUCGACAUUUGCAUUCACAGGAACAAUUAUAUAAAUGUGAAGACUAUGAAAAGAAAUUUACUAAGGGUAGCAGUCUUACUGCCCAUCAAAAAAUCCACACAGGGGAGAAGCAAUAUGAAUGUAUGCACUGUGGAAAGAGCUUUGCCCGGUGUACAAACCUUAUUACCCAUCGACGUAUCCAUACAGGGGAGAAACCCUAUAAAUGUGAAGACUGUGGAAAGAGCUUUGCCCAUUGUACAAGCUUUACUACCCAUCGACAUAUCCAUACAAGGGAGAAACCAUAUAAAUGUGAAGACUGUGGAAAGAGCUUUGCCCAGUGCACAAGCCUUACUACCCAUCGACGUAUCCAUACAGGAGAGAAACCAUAUAAAUGUGAAAACUGUGGAAAGAGCUUUGCCCGGUGUACAACCCUUAUUACACAUUGACGUAUCCAUACAGGGGAGAAACCCUAUAAAUGUGAAGACUGUGGAAAGAGCUUUGAGCAGAGUUCAAAGCUUACUGUCCAUCAACGUAUUCAUACAGGGGAGAAACCCUAUAAAUGUGAAGACUGUGGGAAGAGCUUUGAUCAGAGUUCAAAGCUUACUGUCCAUCAACGUAUCCAUACAGGAGAGAAACCAUAUAAAUGUGAAAACCAUGGAAAGAGCUUUGCUCAGAGUGCAGGGCUUAGUUACCAUCAACAUAUUCACAAACGGGAGAAAUCAGAUAAAUACUAAGGGUAUGGAAGCAACUUGAACAUGACUUGUUAACACGUGUUGUGUAGGGGCAUCAUAGAGAGAGAUGCCCACCACUCCUUCUGAAUUGGCAGAUACGCUCUGGGAGGUGGUGUUAGAGACACCUAAACUGAUUGUUCUGAGGGAUCCAUGCUAAAUAUUCCACUUCUGGGCCAGCCCAGGAAUUUAUAUCUUCCCUGACAGGUCUGGGCCUCUCUCAGAUAGUGACAAACCUCACAAAUGAAAGAGGCCACACCUUGGACUUACAAUUUUGCUCUGAGCCUUUGAAAGGAGCUCUUGUUUCAGGACUGCAAAUUUAGCCUCAACAGUGGUCUGAUCUUUAUCUACUGAAGACAAAAUUGAAUAUGGCCCCAACAUCUCACAAAAAGGGGAGACCAAUUAAAAUGGUUUGCCUGGGGCGGGGGGCAGAGCGAAGCUGGAAAGUAGCGGAUGCAUGAUUGUGGAACUCCCAGAACCCUUCCUCCUCCAAGUGGAAAAUCAGUGCAAUCCAACCAUAACCAGAGAUGGGCAAAUCCUCCACAGCAAAAACUAAGCCGAUUCCAAACAAUUUGGGGUCUUUGGAGAGACUUUUUUGAUGAUGGGAGAAUCGACGGCAUUCCCAUCAAUGCAGGCUAACUCUGGAGCUAAAAUGGCAGGCCAGAGAAAAGCCUGCCAAAACGGACAAGGCUCCUAUUUCUAAAAGAGACAUUUACAACCUUAAUGAGGUGGUUAUAGAGGAAAAGAUAGCAGCACUUGAAAAUAAAUCAAGACAAAAUAAUCUCAAGAUGAGAGGAAUUCUGGAACUCACGGAAGGUAACUCUAAUUCAGC